AUGGCGCCGAAGCGGAAGCCGGCGAACCCGCCGGCGGACCCCGACGGGAUAUUCCGCGGCGUCUCCGCCUUCUUCGUCCCGCACGGCGUCCAGUCCCGCCGCCUCGAGGUGUGGAAGCAGAAGCUGGUGCAGAUGGGGGGCCGCGUCCAGGAGCACAAGGCCGCCAAGGGCGCCACGUUCAACCACGUGCUCGCCGCCGACGCCAAGGCGCUGCUCCGGGAGCUCGACGCCGCCUGGCUCCACCGCUUCCGCGGGAGCACGGUGUCCUUUGAUUGGCUGGAGGAGUGCCUCAAGGCCGGCGAAAGGCUGCCCGAGCACAAAUUCACUAUCAAUUACGAAGAGGAAUUUAAGCCCAAAAAGGCAGCUGGUGCAGGAGAUACAGGUGUGUCAAAUCCUGCGAAGAGGGGCAAAAUGGCAUCUGAGAAUCACAAAGAAAUUAGUGGGCAGGAUGGGAAGAAGGAGAUAGCGACCGGAGAGCACAAAAUUGUUGCAGAAGGUUCAGGUGUCGAAAAGGGGCCUAACCAAAUUGCAUGUAGCCAGAGUAGCUCUGGAGAUACUAAGGAUACCAUAGGGUCUCAGGGUACAUUUGAUGCAGAGGAAGCUUCUUCUGGAGGACCCACAACAUAUACUCCACCAGAUCUCAACAGGAACAUCACUGAGAUUUUUGGAAAACUUAUCAACAUAUAUAGAGCCCUCGGAGAUGACCGGAGAUCAUUUAGCUAUUACAAGGCCAUUCCUGUAAUCGAGAAACUGCCAUUCAAAAUAGAAAGUGCUGACCAAGUUAAAAACCUCCCUGCUAUUGGGAAAUCUUUGAAAGACCAUAUUAAUGAAAUAGUAACAACAGGGAAGCUUUCCAAGCUGGACCACUUUGAGAAUGAUGAAAAGGUGCGGGCUGUCAACCUAUUUGGUGAAGUUUGGGGUGUUGGUCCUGCAACUGCUCUCAAGUUAUAUGAGAAAGGAUAUCGUACUCUUAAUGACCUUCAAAAAGAUGACUCACUUACAUAUGCUCAGAGAACUGGCCUGAAGUUUUUUGAUGAUAUCAAACAAAGAAUCCCUCGGCAUGAGGUCAGUGAGAUGGAGAAGCUUUUGCAAGAAGUUGGGAAGGAUAUCUUGCCUGGAGUGAUAAUCGUAUGUGGAGGAUCGUACAGGCGUGGAAAAGCUUCUUGCGGGGACAUGGAUAUUGUUAUUACUCAUCCUGAUGGUUUAAGUCAUGUAGGUUUUCUGCCAAAGUUUGUUCAGAGGUUGAAGGACAUGAGUUUUUUGAGGGAGGAUCUUAUCUUUAGCAUACACAGUGUUGAGGGAACUGACUAUGGGGUUGAUACAUAUUUUGGUCUUUGCACAUAUCCUGGACGUGAGCUGCGGCACCGUAUUGACCUGAAGGUAUACCCAAGGAACAGAUAUGCCUUUGGGCUGCUUCAUUGGACUGGAAAUGAUGUUCUAAAUCGACGAUUAAGAAUAUUAGCAGAAUCCAAAGGUUACGUACUCGAUGACACUGGUUUGUAUCUUGCCACACAGAGCAGUGGUGGAAAGCGCGCGGGGAGAUCAGAAGCUAUAGUUAACUGCCACGAGGAGAAGGAUGUGUUUGACACACUUGGAUUCCCCUGGUUGGAGCCCCAUGAACGAAAUCUCUAGUUAUAGUACCCUAAACCUUUAAGAAGAAAAGUAGUUUGCUGGACCCGUAUAGUUUUGUUUCCGUUCCGUGUACUGUAGACCAGCGGGUAGCUGUUUUCAAACCUUUCUGUAGAGAACAUAGUUUGGCAGGCUCGUAUAUAGUUGUUGUUCUUGUUGUAUUGUAAAACAGUACGGAGAAUGUUCUUCAUGACAGCAUGAAUCUACGGCAGGUCCUGUAAUAUACAACCGCUUUGGCUUGUCAAUAGACACGAUGUUUGCAUGAGCAUCUA